UUUCACGCCGCUGUGUACAGUGGUGACAUGACACGGUAGUAGAGGGUCCCUCCAGUGGAGCGAUAUCGUGGAAAACAAACGGUAAUAACUCCUUCCAAAAACCGAUUUGACAGUGGGAUUAGCGCUUACAGAGGACCGGCAGAGGCGCAGUUAGAUCCCUGGAUGCCCCCCGGUGCCUUUCUCUCGGCCGCACGGCAACCCCGCCCGAUGGCAGCCAGCUGACCCCGCCCCCCAGGAUGACGGUGCGAGAGAAGCUGCGUCAGAAGAUCUCGGCUGGCUUCUACCGACACGGCCUGUUGUGCGCGUCCUACCCCGUCCCCAUCAUCGUCUUCACUGCAGUCUGCAUCCUGACCUGCUGUUACCCGCUGCUGAAGCUGCCCCUGCCUGGGACAGGGCCAGUGGAGUUCACCACAAGCGUACGAGACUACACUGUCCCAUCCCAGGAGCCCCAGGGAGACCCAGGGGAGCGUCCGGAGUGGUAUCGUGGUCCUCCGGUGGCCUACAUCCAGCAAGUCUUGGUCAAAGCAGCUGUCUCUCCUUGGGACAGCAAGCUGGUCCCGGUUGAUGCUUACCGAUCUCCUCUGGGGCGUGUCUUCGCCCUGCUGGAGGAGAUACGCAACCAUGUGCACUCCGACAGUUCUGGGAUCCGCAGUCUGGAGGCGCUCUGCCUGCAGGUGACGGACCUGUUACCGGGGUUACGGCGCAUGCAGGCGGUUUUGCCGGAACACGGCUGCCUGCUGGUCUCCCCCGGCAACUACUGGCAGAACCAACGGGAGCUGUUUGAUUCAGACCCGGACCUCCUGAAGACAGUCCACCAGCAUGAGCCCAAAGGCCUGCACACCUCCGCCACACUGAGAGACCUGCUGUUUGGUGUCCCUGGGAAACUGAGUUUGUACAGCAGGAAGAGGGUGGUCACCUACACCAUCACGAUGGCACUGAGCAGCUAUGAUGCCAGGUUCCUGAGCAGUCUACGGUCACGCCUGAAACAGCUGCACCCCUCGGUCAACUGCAGUCUGCGGGAGGACCACAUGGUGCACGUCCACUUCAAAGAGGAGAUCGGCAUCGCCGAGCUCAUUCCCCUGGUCACCACCUACAUCAUCCUGUUCGCCUACAUCUACUUCUCCACGCGCAAGAUCGACAUGGUAAAGUCCAAGUGGGGUCUGGCUCUGGCUGCCGUGGUAACGGUGCUGAGCUCUCUCCUCAUGUCCGUGGGGUUGUGCACCCUCUUCGGCUUGACGCCCACGCUCAACGGGGGGGAGAUCUUCCCUUACCUGGUGGUGGUGAUUGGCCUGGAGAACGUGCUGGUCCUCACCAAGUCUGUGGUGUCGACCCCUGUUGAUCUGGAGGUCAAACUGCGCAUUGCCCAGGGCCUGAGCAAUGAGAGCUGGUCUAUCAUGAAGAACAUGGCCACUGAGUUGGGCAUCAUCCUCAUCGGCUACUUCACUCUGGUGCCUGCCAUCCAGGAGUUCUGUCUGUUUGCAGUGGUGGGCUUGGUCUCCGAUUUCUUCCUGCAGAUGUUCUUUUUCACCACGGUGUUGUCUAUUGACAUCCGGCGCAUGGAGUUGGCUGAUCUGAACAGGAGGCUCCCGGCUGAGGCAGGGAUGCCUCCCCCUAAGCCGGGACCCCUCCGCCCCCGCGAAACCCCGCCUCCUCCUCGGCCCUCCCCCCACACCAUCACCCUUCAGACCCCUGCCUUCCGGAACCUUCGCCUGCCCAAGAGGCUGAGGGUGGUGUACUUCCUGGCCCGCACGCGGCUGGCCCAGCGCAUCAUCAUGGUGGGCACGGUGAUCUGGAUCGGGAUCUUGGUGUACACGGACCCGGCGGGGUUGCGCACAUACCUGGCGGCUCAGGUGUCGGAGCAGAGCCCGCUGGGAGAGGCGGGGCUUCCUCACCUGGGCGUGGCCCCCGUGUUCCCCGGGGGGGACCCCACGAGCACCCUCAGCGUCCUGCCGGCCCCCGAGCCCACCCCGCUCCCCGAGAACCAGUCCCAGGGCCACGGGCCCCCCGGCCCCGCCCACGCCGUCCCGCCCAUCCCGCAGAUCAGCUGGGGCCCGGAGGACGAGGAGGUCUGGAGGCGUCUGUCCUUCCGCCACUGGCCCUCUCUCUUCAGCUACUACAACAUUACGCUGGCCAAGAGGUACAUCAGUAUCCUGCCCGUCAUCCCUGUGACUCUUCACCUGAGCCCCCAGGAGGCCCUGGAGACGCGUCACCCCCAGGACACACGUCACCCUCCUCCCCCCCAGCUGGGCCCGCCCCCAGGACCAGAGGGCACCACCCUGCAGACUGACCUCACGCUCUACAAGGUGGCCGCUCUGGGCCUGGCUGCGGGGGUGCUGCUUGUCCUGCUGCUCUUCUGCCUGUACCGGGUGCUGUGCCCCCGCAACUACGGGCAGAACGGGGUGCCGCACGGGCGGCGUCGCCGCGGAGACCUGCCCUGCGACGACUAUGGCUACUCGCCCCCUGUCAGUGAGAUAUCACCACUGCUACUCCGUGGGCAUAGCAUGGAUAUCGAGUGCCUGGCCAGUGAUGGGAUGCUGCUGGCCAGCUGCUGUUUGGCGGGACAGAUCCGUGUUUGGGAUGCACAGACAGGGGACUGCUUGACUGUUAUCCCCAACCAUGGUCUGCGCAGGAGCAGCAGCAGCGGGGGCUGGGAGCAGAGGGACGGCUGGGACGCGGUGGGCGUGGCCGAGCCCGAGAGCCUGGGCGGAGUGGAGGGGCUGGAGGUGGGCGGGGGGCUGCUGGGGGCCGGCGGGGCGCGGAGGAGGGUCAUCCCUUCCCGUCCCGCCCUGUUCGGGGACCAGCCGGACCUCACCCCCCUCAUCGACACCAACUUCAGCGAGCAGCCCCCUUCCCAAGCGCUGCCCGACUCCGGCUUCGAUUUUGGGGGUCUGGUGGAGCGUGCCUACCAGGAGCACGAAGCCUCGCCCACGCUGGCUUUCCCCCCCUCCCCUCCGCCUCCCCAGCAGAGGCGUCGCAGCCUCGGGGACCCGCCCAUCCUGCCCCCUGAGCGCCCCGCAUCGGGCCCCCCCGACUGGGACAGCUCUGUGUGGGCUAUGGAGCUCAGGGGCAACCUUAUCGCAGCUGGCAGGAGCAGCGGCAAGCUGGAGCUGUGGGAUGCAGUGGAGGGAAGUCUGCGCUGCAGUAAUGAAGAUGGAGUGUCUGGGAUCACAGCACUCGCCUUCCUCAACAACCGGAUUGUGGCAGCCCGGUUGAACGGCUCUCUGGACUUCUUCACAGUCGACAUCAAUAAGCCAUUGGGCCUGAGGCAGUACCGCGGGACCCCCGGGCGUGGCAGCAUGCCCCCCUCGCCCUGCUACAGCAGCGAGGACGUGAUCAGCUGCCAGCUGACCCGCUCGGUGCAGUGCGCCCACCAGAAGCCCAUCACCGUGCUGCGGGCGGCGGCGGGCAGGGUGGUGACGGGCAGCCAGGACCACACCGUCAGGGUGUACCGGCUGGAGGACUCCUGCUGCCUCUUCACCUUGCAGGGCCAUUCUGGGGGCAUCACUGCCAUCUACAUUGACCAGACCAUGGUGCUGGCCAGCGGCGGGCAGGACGGGGCCAUCUGCCUGUGGGACGUUCUGACGGGCAGCAGGGUCAGCCACGUGUACGGUCACCGUGGCGACGUCACCUCCCUGGUCUGCACCACUUCCUGUGUGAUCAGCAGCGGCCUGGAUGACCUGAUCUGCAUCUGGGACCGCAGCACCAACAUCAAGCUCUACUCCAUACAGCAGGAGGUGGGCUGUGGGGCCAGCCUGGGGGUGAUCUCGGAGAGCCUCCUGGUGACAGGAGGCCAGGGCUGCGUUUCGUUUUGGGACCUGAACUACGGGGACCUGCUGCAGACGGUGUACCUGGGCCAGAGCAGCGAGGGGCAGGGCGUGCGGCAGCUGCUGGUUCUGGACAACGCCGCCAUCGUGUGCGACUUCGGCAGCGAGCUGAGCCUGGUGUACGUGCCCUCUGUGCUGGAGAAGCUGGACUGAGCGCCGCCGGGGGCGCGCCUCCCUGCGCCUCCCUCCCUCCCUCCCGGCUUACAGACGGUUUACUCCGCGGCCUCUCCGCUGACUGCUGCGGUCCCUCCUAUGCUGACGCUCGGACCCCUCGAUUCCAUUGCGUAGUUUAUUUAGCAGCUCUGUUCAAUAACGCAGUCCAGCAGACUUUCUCUCUCCUUUCAUUUCCAUCCCUUUGAGCCCCCCCCUUCACCUUCCUUCCCCUAGACCUGUUUCAUAGCCAGGGAGGUGGUUUUCCGUUUCCGUAGCAAUGUGAUUUGUGAUUUCACUCCCGAUUGGCAGUGGGAGAAUGGGCCUGCAUUCAUUGGCUCAGUCGAUGUGACCCGGUGCCCAAUCAGGACCAGCCCUCCAGAGAAGGCCUCUUUUCCUACAGGAGGGCCCCAGCCGUUUUGAGAUUGGCGCUGGCCUUGUUCGUUUUUACGGCCUGUUUUUUGUGUUUUUAGAUGAAAGUGACUUCUGACAAUGUUCAGGCUGUUCUGUUGAGAAGAGAAUGUUCCAGUCGCAUGCGCUGCCUGCAGCGGCCGAAUUCUCAAGAACCCGCCCGUCCAGCCAGCCAAUGGGCGUGGCAGCGGUGGCAGGCCUGGGGGGCCAUGAGCUGUCGGCUCCACUGCAAUGGUUACAAGCUAUAGUGCGUGUAUGCACGCAUGUGUGUGUGUGUGUGUGAGAGAUGUUAUGAAUGUGUUUAGGUUCAGAGCCAGGACAAAGAAGAUAAGUGAACAGUGCAGAUUUUUCAAAAAGAAUUUGAAAAACCAGCUUGUUUGGAUGUGUGUAUGUCUUUGUGUGUGUUUGUGUGUGUGUAUGCGCACGUGUGCUUGAGCAGUAUACUGUAAUCAGCAAAACCUCCAGGGGGGGUUAUUUUUUAACGUUUGAAUCUAUUAUUUAUUAGUUAUAAAAUUUUAAAUAACACAUAUAAUUUGUAUGAAACUUAAACUUGGCUAUUACAUGAUAUUUUAAUGUGGAGGUGAUGUCAUGAAAGCAAAUGUGCAAAACUGGGCCAUAAGGAAGGUGAUUAACAUUGGCAUUUGUAAUGAUACUAAUAUACAUAGCAGUGUCUGUCCCUCAGGACCCACUGUGUGGCGCUAGAGGGUGUUUGGCUUUGAAACGCACUGCCCAGGUUAAAUUCACUUAUUGGAGGAGAGAAUGAAACCCACAUCUUUGCACACAUCCUCCAGAGACCCAGCUGGUGAUCUAAGUCCACAUUAGCCAACAUUAAAUUUAAAGCUGUUUUCUCAAUUGGAAUAAUAAUGUUGGUUUGUUCAUUCGCAUUACCCAACAUUAAUUUUAUGCAUGUUUUCCAGAUUAGGACACUAAUACAUCCAUUCAUUCAUUCAUUCUGCAUAGUCAACAUUGUCAACAAUGUUCAUUCAGCAUAGUCAACAAGCCAUAUUUCACAUUUUCACAAAACAGAUUUCAGUUUAUGGUUUAUUAGCUGACAUUAAAUUUAAAGCUAAGUUUCCUGCUUGUGGAAUAAUGUAAUUUGUUCUUUAAUUAGCAUUAGCUAAUUAAGUCAGAUUUUGGGUUAAUAAUUUCUGCAUGCUCUGUCCUGCAGGCUUAUGGACAUUCAGAACUUCCCAAGAAUAACUUGCUGUGUAUCUGUGGUGUCACAUAUACAGACAAAUUACGUGUCCUUAGAAAGAUUGCUGUGAACUACUUCUAAUGGUCUCAACAAUGGUAAUGGAUCCAUUUACAGUCUCAUAUAAAGCACAUGGGAACGUUAAUGGUAAGGUUUAUGUGCGCGGGAGACGCUUUACACAUGUCCAAACAAAAAACAAUAGCAGGUAUGAAAUGACUGCCUUAUACAUUUUGGGAUCACCUGAAAAUACAGUAUGAAGAAAUUAAUCUCUCUUUCCUCUAAUUCCCAUCCCUGACUUGUUUAAGAAUAUUGUCUCAUUUGCACUGUUUCUUGGCUGCAAGACUGCUUUCUUUCUUGUAAACGCAGGAAAAUGGUUACUGUUAGGCGAAUGUUCUAUAAUAUUACAAAACUGAUACACUGAUACACACAUUACUCAGAAUUAUACUGUCAUUACUGGAAUGGGUCAUUCAUGUUUUGCCAUUUAAUGACAUUUCUCAUUUGGACUAGUUGAUGAUAUAGCCCUUACUGUUCAAAUGCGUUUGGGAGUUCCAGUGUUCACUACAGGUCACUGUUAGUUUCAUAUCAGUUUAGAAUAUCAGUUAAGCUACAGCUGUGUGUUUUGGGAACAGAAAACUUUGCUGGGUUUCUGGAGGACACAAGGUCAGUUGUUUGGCACAAAGAGUGUUUUGCCUCACGCUGAGGUGGUCACUGGCCGUACUCCCUCUCUCCCGAGUACCGGGAAGUAAUUCCCCUCCUCCAGGGUCACUUAACACCCAGGGUCCCUCCUCAUGCACAACACAUCACUGAGUGAAUGUACUGCAGCAGGGCUCACCCUGCACUUACACUUACACUCAUACAUGUACACACACACACACACUCGCACGAACACACACGUACCCGUAAACCCACGCAUAGACAAGGACACUCGCAUGCAUUUGCUUGCCACGAAACAGCCAUGCACUGAAAACCCCAUGCAUACGCAGAUGUCUGUUCUUCUGUACUCGUACUGUACUCCGUACAGUGGUGCACACAUGUAAACACAUGGAGUCAUGCACACAGAAUGUCAAAACGUGCAGAGACCUACUUAGGGUAACAAGCAUAUGCAGCCACGCUUACAAAGUGCAUUUAGCCCAGUGUUUACGCCUUCAUGCAAACUCGAAUUUGGGAUUAUCACAUGUCAAGACAAACACACAUGCAUGCAUAGUUAGACAUCCAGGCGCCCGUUUACAAACAGCAAUUCAACCGCGUAGAAACGCACACAGAAGGCAAAUGUCUAAUGUAACGGUUAUAAUUUAUUAGUUUGUUUUUUGGAUGUAAAUAUUAGGUGAGAAAGCUUUAGAAAUACUCUGAGUUGAGCGACUUUUUAUUAGAUAAAAGAAAUAUGAUUAUUAUUUUUUAACUUUGUACUUUUUUCAGACCAGGUUGUCGUUUUGGUUUCAUUGUGAAUUUUAAUGGAGAGGUCUGUAGGGAAUUGUGGAGGAUACAGUGUGUGCUUGACUUGUUACUGUAGAUAGGUGUAUUGCAGUUUUCUUGGUAUCAGAAGCUCAUUCAUUUUAUUGGCCAAAAAAUGAACCUAUCAGCACUGCUUGUUCAAGGCCUCGCAGUCUGAAAAUGAGCUGCCAGUCGCUGCUGUACAUCUUAGCCCCACCCCAACAUCAGUGGAAACCACUCGAUGGUACUUCUGGCAAAGUAUGGAGCAAACUCCUGUUCAUUUUGUCACCGUUCAUGUUCAGUCCGUUUGGGGAGAUCACAGCAAAACAUGAUGGCCUAGUGAAGUGCUACGUUUUUGUGAUGCCCCACAGGGGGCAACUGGCAGGUCUUCACUGGUAGCACCACUGAAUACCUGCUUGCAGACUCUGUAGUGACCAAUCAGAUAAUGGAUAAUGCUGUAAAGAGGAAACGCAAGUUGCACUGAUAAUUCACUCUUUUGAUUUCCUCGCCUGUAGUACGUCACGCACGUCGACUUGAUCCAGUGAUCUCUAAAAGCAUGCCUCUGUCAUGCUGUGUCCUCCACAAGGCACCUUCAGACGCGAUGGAGUGAGUGCCACAUCUGUAUGCAGUGUGUCAGUCAUUUUUCCUGGGCUGAUGGGUCUGAGUGCUGAACCCGUGUUCUGGGGGCCCCUUCCCUCCCUCUUCCUCUUUUUCAGUUUGGCAAGGUAGCAAGAGUGUCACAGCCCACACCCCAAAUCAUCCAGGAGCCCAAAAGAAACCUGCACCAGCAAUGAGGCUGAUCAAUCAAAACCUGACUGGCUGUCUCACCCCAAACCAAGGGGCAUGAGCCCCCAGACUCAAGCUCUGAAAUGCCAGGGCCAGCUAGGGCCAUUUGAUUUGUCACACUGUGUUUUUGAGCUGGUCGGGGUGUGCAUGUGUGCACACGUUGAGCUCUUCAGUGGCUGCAAGCUGACCUGUAACCUGACACUGUGGGCCAGUCAAAGGGUUACAGGAAGAGGAGGGAAGGGGGCUGCCACACCCAUGGACCAUGUACUGUGCAUAUAAGCGCCCAAAAGAUCCGCUCUUGUUUUGAAUGGAGUUGAGAACGAGAGGACGUUCAGCCCAGGGGGGAGAAUGACUGGGUGUAAAUAUUGGUGUGUGUGACUCAGACUUGCACCCCGCCUUCCCUCGAACCUACUAUACAGUGUAAGCAUACUGUAGAGGAUGUAACUAACAAUCUGUACUAUUUUUAACACAGGAGCAAAACUUUAUACUAAUUUACAAAUAA